CCAUGUGCCGAGGUUUCAUGGCUAUCGCUUUGAAUCUGCUAGACUCUGGUGUUGGUCGCCGACUUUUUAGCUCGUAGAACAGUUCAGCGAGACCAGCCACUCGGCGUCUCCGCCAGCUUGCAAAAGGUGAAUUAGCGGCACGCUCAUUUCUUCGCUCAGCUGAAGGAGAUAAAACGGUCUCAUUCAGACUUCGACUAGACCAACUCGGCCUGGUCCAUAACUUUCACGCAACGCUCAGGGUUGACACGAAUACUUCCGAGCACAAUGCAUCCCUCGUCCGUCCUCAGUCUGGUGACUUUCAGUCUCAUCACCAAUGCUUUGCCAAACAGUGUUGGACUGUCUCGCCGCCAGGACAUCGAUUUCGAUCUGGUUGAUGACACAGCCGACCCUCUCAAAAGCCCUACGGAUACCAGAAACUACAACCAAGCCAGCGCUCUUGCUGCCGUAAUCAGCGAUAUCAACAGUGACCCAUUGCCUCAGCAAGAGACUCAAAGCGCCAACUUGGCCAGCCGGGAUAUUGUUGUGACGACGAUUGACGGCUAUACUCCGAACACUUUCCUGGACAGUGCCGCAAUCAACGCGCCCUUGGGCUGCAACAAAGCUGAUACGUACAUGGGCGUCAAGCUGUUCAACACUGGCCCAUUCGACACCACGCUUUGUGCUGCGGCAUGCACGGCCCAGACAAAAUACAACCUCAAGCAUCCUCCUUCUACAGGAAAAGCGGCUACUUGUCAAUUCUAUAACACGUAUGAGAUGUACAGGAACGAUGUCUAUCAGGGACAGUACUGUACCCUUUACACCCAGGCUUGGGAUACGACCUACGCCACGAAUAAGGGGCAGUGGCGAGGAACUGCUCACUACACCAUUGGCAGAAGCUAUAUCGCUUCGAACGUCACAGAUGAUGGUGUAGUCGUCUGCUCGAGCAACGUUCCAUCCUCUACGUCGAGCUCUGCAUCUUCAACUGCUUCUCCUUCCUCCACGAUUUUGACAUCCUCAUCAAGCUCCGCAUCCUCUGCAAGUUCCCCAUCCAUGUCAAGCUCCGUGUCCAUGUCUACCUCUGGAUCUUCCGUCUCAAGUUCCUCAUCAAGCACCACAUCGAGUGCCCCUGGUUGUACAUUCUCACCGGCUAUCGCUACACAGCAGCAGAUCAAAGACUCAGCUGCACUUGAUUUUUUGUUCAGCCACAACAAUCUGAGCUCGAUGCUCUCUAGUCUCUCGUAUAGACAGCUCACGGAGACCGCACUCACUGGAGACAUCCUUCCAUCGGUUCAGAUCGCUCUCCAAGAUGUGGUGUCUUGCGAUCAGUACAUGGUCUCCACACAGCUCAAAGCAUGCACAGGAUCCACAUAUGCACAGCAAUUCACAUCAUGCAUUAUAGCCCAAACCAAUCCAGGCUUUUUGAAGAGGAGAGGUGCUAAUAGCGCAACACCAACAGCAGCGCUGACGUAUUUCCUGGGCAGGUGCAAAGACAUUCUGUCUCAGAACGCUGUCACCCUAUCGCCAGACAUGUCUCCUAUCGAGAUCAUUGAUCGUACAACGCCUGGCGGGUACUCUCAGAAUCUCUGCUUCAUAAUGAUGCAGUACUACUUUGGAGAGGGGACUAGACUUCCGCUUUACUGUUGAUGGUGGCGGCCCGCUCUCUAGUUGUAUGUACUCACCCAAUAGGAUCUUGCUUUCCCAGUGACGAUGGUGCCGAAAUCAAUUAGCGUCAUCGCAGCUUCGAGCAGGAAUUGGCAGCGUCUGCUAUCCAUCAUUGAGU